UUUUGGGAUGAUUACUUUAAGCUUCAUCUUGACGGGUCACCGCGAGCAUGGCCCCUUCCGCGCAGGCGGAGAAGCGUUUACUCUGGCAUCCACGAUGGGAGAACAAGUUUAUGGUCGGAGGAGGCUCUCAAAUGACAAUGUACGAAUGGGCACCAGAAGAAUCUGAAAUUCGACAUGUAACUUCACAAAAUGACUUGCAGUUCAUGAAGUGUUUCUCUUGGUCGCCAGACCCUGCAUUUGACGAUCUUUUUGCUGUCGGAACAGCUUCUGGACGCGUCGACCUCAUCAGACUCGAAGCUACCAAGGUCGCUCGGAAUAACGUCCUCUCAAGCGGUCCAGUCGUCACGCUUCCAGUGCGCAACACCCGGUCAUACCCCAACUACCUAGCUGUCGGCCUCGACAAAGUCAGGGGAGACUCCAGUCUCAUCAUCUGGGAUAUCCAAUCCGCCACGCCCCUCCUCUCACCCUCCAAACCCCCCAAUUUUAAUUUAUCAGAAGACACAGUAGAAGCACGUCCACAACCUCGAAUAGCGCGUGCUGAAGUCGGUCAUCACAGAACUGACGGACGCGUGUUGCAGCAACAUGCACCCACAGAAAUAGUUUCAGCCCUCGCCUUCCUCCCACAAUCUACGCAUAUGCUCUUAGCUGGUAUAUCAGCACGGUGGUUGAGGUUAUUUGACCUCCGGAGCUCAGUCCCAGCAACUACUAAUAUCGCAACUAAAGUCUACGGCAUAGCAACAUCCCCAAUCGACCCACACCAGAUUGCGUGCUGUGGAGACGGAAUUAUAACCGUCUGGGAUGCAAGACGCCUCCCGCAUCCGCUGCUUACGUUUACAGAGAAAGACGCAGCUGCUGAUGGUGCAAGACCACGCUCUGCGUCUGCGUCUUUUGUCAACCAUAUCGAGUUUUCGAGCUCGAGGAGGGGAUUGCUUGCAGCCCAUGAGAAGGAUUCUUCUUAUGUGCGGUUUUGGGAUCUGCAGCAGGCGCAUGGGAGCGAGAAUAAUUCCGACGGGGAGAGAUCAGGAGAGUCGUCACAUAGUCGGGCUGCGAAGAGGUCGUGGGCGCCUUGGACUGCUACUGGUGCUGGUGCUGUGAAUGGGAUGAGGAAUAAUAAUGUUGAAUCGCAGGAGGCUUUGGCGCUUGUGCUUUCUGAUACGCGCAAAACGACGAGCUUUCGGAAACCACUUGCGUCUUUUGCGCUUGUUCCGAGGAAGCGCGCGUUCUCGCUUACUUCCGAGGUUAUGGUCGUCAAUAAAGAUGGGGAUCUUGAACUUUAUGCUGUGUAUGAUACACCGAAACAGGCUUCGUGGAGUGCACGCGGGGAUCUUGUCAUUGGUGCUGGGUUGGGAUGCAGGGUGCUCCCCGGCUUCGAGGACCAUGGAGUUCCACCACAACCGUGGGAUAUACGCAUUGAGGAAACCACGACUUCUCGGGGGCGUGACAAAACUACGAGUCUGCCGGCAUUUGGGAGGGGCGAUGAAGAUGGGUUCCCAGCUCUGGAAAGCAAAACCACACCAUCGAAGCCGCUAAAAGUGAGGACGUAUAGUCCAGCUUCGUUUCGAUACUACCCGCUCGACCAGUCUGAGCUGUCUACGUCGCCGAGUAAUGUCGGUGCUCAGACGGCUGCGAGGGCUGAGGCUGGAGAGAAGCCGAAAUUAAAUGGUCAUCGACAAGUUGGAGAGAAGAGUUCAUCGAGAGGGAAGAUUUUACGGAGCGUGCAUCAAGUGGUGGAGGAUGAUAUCUCGAUGAUUAUGCGUCGGCGCACUAUCCGUGGAUAUGGGCUGGCAAACGCCAAGCAUAACGCCCAAGUCGUACAGGAAGAUCCCUGUUCAAAUACGACGCUGUCAGAGCUAUGGGAUUGGAUACAUCAUUCCCGUGAACUCGUAUGCUCGCCGACGUCAAGAUUACAUGGAUAUGAAUUCUCAAACCAAGGACUUUUGGGACUAUGGGAAGGAUUCGCACCGCUACCUCAAGUUCCUGAGUCGAGCGCACCGUCUUUUAGCAUCCUUGACGGUCUUUUGACGAUACCUCAAAUUUCUCCGAGGGAUUCUAGUCUUUCUCCGCUAUCUACUCCUGCUGUGCUAGACCCUUUGACGCGAACGAGACAGCCUUCUGAUGAUUUGGCAUAUGGGGAUUUCACGGCUGCCGUUGCUGCACUAUGCGCUCGACGGACAUCGAGUUCGGGACGUCCAUGGAAACCCCCUGUCCGCAACACAGAAAAGCUUGAACAGAGACAGUUUGCGUUGCAUCUCUGCGGAUGGAGUAUUGGGGAGGAGGAGAUGAACCAUGAGAUUAGAAGGUGGGAGAAGGAGGGGCAGCAGUCAAGAGCUGCAUGUUGGCUCGUUUUCACGCGACAGUAUCAAAAGGCGCUGGAGCUGCUAAUGCGGAGUCAAGACGAGAUGCACAAUCUCGUGUCCGGUACUCUUGCAGCACUUAUUCCCAGCGCUGGCAACACCUUAUCUAACGAACUGCGCACCCACGCCGAACGCCUCAUCGUCCGCCUUGAAGAUCCAUACUUCCGUGUUAUGCUUACCCAACUUACCUCCAAGGAUUGGUCCAAGGUUCUUGAGGAAGAAUCACUUCUGCUGCGGGAGCGUCUUGCAAUUGCUUUCCAGUUUCUGGAGGACGAAGCGCUAUCGUCCUACCUUGCACGCACGACCGACCGAGCCUGUACGCGCGGUGACAUCGAGGGCCUCAUUAUCACAGGGCUCACCCCCUCAGGUAUGGACAUCUUACAGAGCUACGUAGACCGUACGGGCGAUGUGCAGACUGCUGCUAUCCUCGCUGGUCAUGUGUGUCCUGCUAAGUUUUUUGACGCGCGAGCGGAGCGAUGGCUAGAGACGUAUAGGGACUUGUUGGACGGCUUUAAGCUGUUCCACCACCGAGUUGCGUUUGAUGUUGAGCGGGGGCAGAUACUGCAAGAGGCAGUGUUAAGUGGGGAUUUGGCGCCCUUUGAUUGGGCUCCGAAGCAAAUCUUGAUUCGAUGUAAUUAUUGCUCAAAGCCGAUGAAUCCCGUGUUGGGCGAGACGCAGAAGGGACGUCCUACUGCAUGUCCGCAUUGCAGUCGUGCUCUCCCGCGGUGUUCGGUCUGUCUAAUGACACUGAGCAUCGUUCCAGAUUAUACGCGUGAUGUUGGGCUCUCACAGUCGCAGGCCGCUUACCAAGACACAAUUGACGACGCAAUCGUCAUCUGCCAGACAUGUCGUCACGGUGGACACGCAUCGCAUAUUCUUGAUUGGUUCUUUGGUGAAGACGGUGCACGUUCGCGUGGCAUGUGCCCUGUGGCGGAUUGCGACUGCCACUGCGCAGAUGAGUUCUAAUUUUCGUUGUUCCAUGGAGCCUGAGCUCAGAUAAUCGGUUCUCUUGGGACGAUAUACACGUAACAGUGUCUGAUAGAAUCCUAUAGAUUGGCUUAGAAAGUACCGGAUGUCGAGUAUCUGGCGCAUAUAAUGAUUGAUAUUAUUAUUUGUAGACAUGCUGAUAUGCAGGACGUUAUAUGUUAACUCGCUGGCCAGAUUCCGC